GCGCUUAGCGGAGCGGCUGUCAGCGGGCAGCGGGGCAGCAGAAGCGGAGCGCUGAACGGCUCCGGUGGAGGGCGGAGGUGGCGGCGGACUGGACGCGUGACUCUGCGGGGGGAGUGAGUGAGGCUGCCGGGGGGGCUCCCGCCUCUGGGCGUCGACAUGGAGCUGGAGAACAUCGUGGCGAACACCGUGCUGCUAAAAGCCCGCGAAGGAGGCGGCGGGAGCAGAAAAGGAAAAAGCAAGAAAUGGAAGCAGAUGCUUCAGUUUCCACACAUCAGUAUGUGCGAGGAGCUGCGACAGACCACAGAGAAGGACUACAGCAGCCUCUGCGAGCGGCAGCCAAUCGGACGCCUGCUCUUCCGGCAGUUCUGUGAGACCCGAGCCGAGCUGAAGCGCUGCGUGAAGUUCCUGGACGCCGUGGCCGACUAUGAGGUGACCCCUGACGAAAAGAGGAAGGAGUGCGGUCAGGAGCUCAUUGACAGAUACUUCAACCCACAGUCGGAGGAUCACGUGUCAGAGGUGGAGGACGCCAUGGCGGCGCGGUGCGCAGAGCGGCUGCAGCACGACGCCUGCAAGGAACUCUUCAAGGAGCCCACCAGAUUGAUCCAUGACUUCCUGAGUGUGGCGCCGUUCGCCGACUACCUCGACAGCAUGUUCUUCAACAGGUUCCUGCAGUGGAAGUGGUUGGAGAGGCAGCCGGUGACGAAGAGAACGUUCCGGCAAUACCGAGUUUUAGGAAAAGGAGGCUUUGGAGAGGUGUGUGCCUGUCAGGUACGAGCCACCGGCAAAAUGUACGCCUGCAAGAAGCUGGAGAAGAAGAGGAUCAAGAAGAGGAAGGGCGAGGCCAUGGCACUCAACGAGAAGCAAAUCCUGGAGAAAGUCAACAGCAGAUUUGUCGUGAGUUUAGCGUACGCCUACGAAACGAAGGACGCGCUGUGCUUGGUGCUGACCUUGAUGAACGGCGGAGACCUGAAGUUUCACAUCUACCACAUGGGGGAGGCGGGGUUUGAUGAGGGGAGGGCCGUGUUUUACACGGCGGAGAUCUGCUGCGGCCUGGAGGACCUACACCGAGAGCGCAUCGUGUACAGAGACCUGAAGCCAGAGAACAUCCUGCUGGACGACCACGGACACAUCAGGAUAUCAGACCUGGGGCUGGCGGUCCACGUUCCUGAAGGAGACAGCAUCAAAGGCCGUGUGGGAACAGUGGGAUACAUGGCCCCAGAGGUGGUCCAGAACGAGCGGUACACCUUCAGCCCCGACUGGUGGGCACUGGGCUGCCUGCUGUACGAGAUGAUCGAAGGCCAGUCGCCGUUCCAGCAGAGGAGGAAGAAGAUCAAGAGGGAGGAGGUGGAGCGGCUGGUGAAGGAGGUGGAGGAGGAGUACUCCAGCAAGUUCUCCGAAGACGCCAGGUCCCUCUGUAAGAUGCUGCUCGCCAAAGAUCCCGCGGAGAGGCUGGGCUGUCAGGGAGGCGGGGCCUCGGAGGUCAAAGCCCAUCCCAUCUUCCACACCAUCAACUUCAAGCGCCUGGAGGCCGGCAUGCUGGAGGCGCCCUUCAUCCCCGACCCUCAGGCCAUUUACUGUAAAGACGUCCUGGACAUCGAGCAGUUCUCCACCGUCAAAGGGGUGGAGCUAGAGCCGAAGGACGAGUCCUUCUACAGCAAAGUGUCCACGGGCAGCGUCUCCAUCCCCUGGCAGGACGAGAUGAUCGAGACGGAGUGUUUCUUUGAGCUGAAUGUUUUCCACCAGGACGGCGUCGUUCCCCCCGACCUGGACUGGAGGGGUCAGCCGUCUCCACCCCCUAAACAGGGGCUGCUACAGCGGCUCUUUGGAAGACAGGAUUGCUGUGGUAACUGCAGCGACAGCGAGGAGGAGCCCACCCGGCUGUGACAGACUGGCGCUCGCCACCUUUUGUUUACAACUUUUGCACAUUUGUAUUUUUGGGUCGUUCCAUCGCUGGAUGUCAGAAUGUAAACCUCCAGCGGAACAGCAGUUUUUAAAGUUAUUUAAGAAUGAAAAUAAGGAAAUCCUUUUUUAUGGUUGGCUUCCGUGUUUCGGGAAGGCCUCGCUCUUUUCUCCCACUCUGGACCAAGCGCCUGCUGUAUAAGUGCCUUGCUCGAGGGCACAGUGGCAGGACACCCUCAUCAGCCCCUCCACUUGCUGCAUUUUUUCCACUCUUUUUGCUGCAACUGUUUUUCAGUUUUUAGCCAGUUUUUGUGAAUUUUUGAUAUAAUGGUUUUCUGGAGACAAUCCAUCUGUUCAGCCUCGGAGUUCUGGAGUUUUCCUGAUCAGAUCUGGGCUGAACCGUUGUGCCUUUUCUAUGUAUCUAAGUGGAGCCACCCAGUAGCGGUCUACAGAGACCACUCAGGCUUUAACAGAACCAGAACCAAAACUAAACAUGUGUAAAAGGUGAAAUCUGGGGUCAGAUUCAGGUGCAGAGACUCCAGAUUCUUGUUCUGGUCUCACUCCUCAUCCAAAGACGCUUCAUCAAAGCUCGGAUCACCAGGAACCAGAUUAGCCGAGUCUGAAGCUGCUCAUGGGGACGACGGACGCCAGUCCCGAAAUAAAUCUGUGACGUGGACCCAGCGCGGUCCGACGUCGUUCCUGAGUCACUAACUCCUCCUCACCUGUUUAUGUUUAAGGGCAGGGAUCAGAACCUAUGCAAUGAUGAGGAAACACGAGUCUCAAACAUACCUGGGUUCCAGGCAGGUGAGCCGAGCGUCUCCAGUCAGGAUGGAGAGGACCUCUUCCACGUGAGCUGUUGAGAAUGAUUCCAAUGAGACACGUUUAUGGAAAGGUCUGGAUUGUAACCACUUUGGAAUUGUAGAAAAUGUUCUUCUUUUCUCCUAAAUGAGUUAAAUGUUUGUCUGCUAAACUCCCUAAAAAUUGGUUGUUUGUUGGAGUCAGAAAUAAACGGAACUGAUUCAGAACGA